AUGUCGGCAGAGCAAACCCUAGCCUCGAGGACCUUUGCCUCCUUGCCAGAGCUCCUGGCCUUCCUCGUACCCAGUCUAACACACCACGACCUCCUUCAAUGCAUCCAAGUCUGUCGCUUCUGGAACCAAGUCUUUAUCCCGCAUCUCUGGCGCUCCAUCGAUGACAGCACCUUCUCCUGGCCUAGGUUCCUCGAAGAGCAGAGGAGUAACAGCAAUAGCACUAACAAGGAAGACGAGACGUUGAUACGACACAUCUUUCGCGGGUUCCUCAAGGAGCAGGGUAACAACAAUAGCACUAACAAGGAAGACGAUACGUUGAUACGACACAUCUUCCAGAAAUAUGGGCGGUUUAUUCAACACCUCGAUCUUCGAAACGGGGACAUGAUCAACGCAGCAACCAGCGCCGGGGCCGUCUCAAGCCAACUCUGCACUCUCAGUAUUUACCGCUCUGUGUCCGACCGCUAUCGGGCUGCUGCGCUAUCGACGGACAGUGAGAAUUACAAGACGCUUGUCGAGUCGGUCUUGACACUGGCACUCCAAAAUCAAACCACGUUGACAACUCUGCGAAUGGACCAGUCCCUAAGACCCAGAAACUCCAUCGCCUCGUCCUGCGAACCAACAUCAAUCACGUCCAUCAUGUACGACACCCUCGGCAAACUGUCGAGACUCACAGAACUGGAGAUCAACGACGUAGCUGCAGACUUUAACAGGAUCCUAGAAGCAGCACCGCAGUUGGAAAUGUUGCGCGCACCGGGAAGGUUCCAACUGAUGAGUCAUAAUGGCCAGCUUCUUCACAGGACGUUUACAGGAGGAAGCCUCAGGGAAGUGGAGCUCGUUCACGAGACGGGGAUGCGAUGCGUGUUUAGUCUGUUGCGACACUUGCCGAAUCUGGAGACGUUGCUGCUCUCGGGAGGGUUCGACCAAGAAUCUUUUGAGAACGAUCAUGCGGCGGCAGAAGAGGCCAAGGCUGUGAUGGAGAACAUGCCGAGUCUGUCUCUGCGGCGAUUGUGUCUUCGCAGGAGGGGGUUUAUGGACUACCGGAACUUGAUGGCGAUUCUUCCGUGGGUGCCCGAGCUGCGAGAGUUUGUGUGUGAGAGCUUGCAGUUGCGGACGUCGCAGAUCCUUGCGGAGCAUUGCAGGAAUUUGGAGGUGGUUCGCGAACUGGAUACGUUUGGUAUGGAUAAUGAUCCUCGGGCGGUUCCACGGGCGACUGAUAUUGUGGUACCGCUGUUGACUGGAUGUCCGUCUCUGAGGGUUCUGGAUACGGCGGCGCACAGGAUUGUAGGCGACAGUUUUAUGAACUGUGAGAUGGUCUGUCUAGAGUUGGAGACGUUCCGGUGUCAGAUUGUUGGGAUGUAUUGGCUGGACGAGGUGAACUCUAGUGUGCUGAAUCGGUUGCUAUCUGUCAGUUCUGAGAGCAAUGACGAUGAUGAUGGUGGACCGGCAGGACGGGCAGCAACAACAACACCGGCAGAGGAGAUGGCGCUGCUUGACGAGGUCUACCGGAACCAGGAACGGCAUCGCAAGGUGUACAAACAGUUUUCGACGAUGACAAAGCUCAGGGAGCUGGAGCUUGGACAGGAGUGGCGGUCGAUCACAGGGCACCUUGACAUGCGAACCGAUGGCGAGGACGACGAGUAUGAUGACGUCUUUGACGAACCCGAUGACGGGUAUUAUGCCAAGUACGCAUCACCUAUCGACGGCACACUGGACCUGACAUUGAUCUCGGGGUUCAACCAACUCAUGACGUUGAAGGACCUGGAGGUGUUUGGAUUCGAGGGGGUCGACCACCGGAUGGAUAAGGUGGAGCUAGACUGGAUGGCAGUCAACUGGCCAAAGCUGAAAGUCAUGCGGGGAAUUCAUGUGGAUAUCUUUCCGAGGGUUGAGCCUGACGCCAAGAGGAAAGAGUUGCGGGAGUACAUGCAGAUGUUGAGGCCGGAUGUUGUUCAUGAGACGUUGUACAGGCUUUAA